AUGGCCGAACAGGAAGUGGAUUUGGAUUCCAUCAUUGACCGUCUGCUGGAGGUGAGGGGCAGCCGGCCGGGCAAGCAAGUCCAACUGCUGGAAUCGGAGAUCCGAUUCCUUUGCACUAAGGCUCGCGAAAUCUUCAUCUCCCAGCCCAUUCUGCUAGAAUUGGAAGCCCCCAUCAAGAUUUGCGGUGAUAUCCACGGCCAAUACUACGAUCUUUUGCGUCUGUUCGAAUACGGCGGCUUCCCUCCGGAGGCUAACUACCUAUUCCUUGGUGAUUACGUCGACCGUGGCAAGCAGUCUCUUGAGACUAUCUGCCUUCUCUUGGCCUACAAGAUCAAGUACCCCGAGAACUUCUUCAUUCUGCGUGGAAACCACGAGUGCGCCUCUAUUAACCGUAUCUAUGGUUUCUACGAUGAGUGCAAGCGCCGAUACAACAUCAAGCUUUGGAAGACUUUCACCGACUGUUUCAACUGUCUCCCCAUUGCUGCCAUCAUUGAUGAGAAGAUUUUCACUAUGCACGGUGGUCUGAGCCCCGACCUGAACUCCAUGGAGCAGAUCCGCCGCGUUAUGCGUCCUACUGAUAUCCCCGAUUGCGGUCUUCUUUGCGACCUUCUGUGGUCCGAUCCCGACAAGGAUAUCACCGGCUGGAGCGAAAACGAUCGUGGUGUCUCAUUCACAUUCGGACCCGAUGUAGUGUCGCGGUUCCUUCAGAAACACGACAUGGACUUGAUAUGUCGCGCGCAUCAAGUUGUGGAAGACGGGUAUGAAUUCUUCUCGAAGCGUCAACUGGUCACGCUAUUCAGCGCACCCAACUACUGUGGUGAAUUCGAUAAUGCGGGUGCCAUGAUGAGCGUAGACGAGAGUCUGCUCUGCUCCUUCCAGAUCUUGAAACCAGCCGAAAAGAAACAAAAGUACGUUUACGGGAGCAUGAGCUCCGGCGGGUCUACCACUCCUCCGCGAAAGCAAAAGAAGAAAUAA